GUGAUCUUGAAUGGAAAUAAUUGUGAAGAACAGAAAGGGAAAACAGCUUGUGGCUCUCACCUUAGACAAGGGCAUGACUGUGAAGGACCUCAAGGAACUAUACCUUAAACAGGCUACAGAGGAACCCAUCUCUUUGAACAGACAAUAUUACACUCUUAAUGAGGUCAAAGGCCAACCUCUUAAUGAUGACACUAAGAAGUUAAGCACUUAUAAUAUCAAGAAAGGAGAUACGCUAUAUUUGAAGGAUCUAGGCCUCCAGAUUUCAUGGAAACUUGUCUUUUUGAUUGAAUAUUUUGGUCCCAUUGGAAUUUUCUUGCUUUUCUUCCGAUUAAGAAACCUUAUUUACGGACAGGGAUCUGCAGCUAUACCAUUAACCUUUACUCAAAAAGCUGGGUUUUUUAUGGUGCUAGGACAUUUUAUCAAGAGAGAGCUUGAAACUCUGUUUAUUCAUAGAUUUAGUAGUACUACUAUGCCUUUAAAGAACCUGCUUAUCAAUUGUACUCACUACUGGUUCACUUUUGCUCUCUUGGUUGGAUAUUUUUUGUUCCAUCCAAAAUAUACCGAACCAGAAUAUAGCUCAAUGAAUGUAAAAUACGUUUUGAUCGUUCUUUUUACCUUCUUCCAAACAAUGAAUUUCUUGUGCCACAAUCAACUCAAAAAUCUGAGAAAACCAGGAACAACCGAGAGAGGAAUCCCUCAAGGAUAUGGUUUUGGCCUAGUGUCAUGUGCAAACUACUUCUGGGAGACCUUAGUGUGGCUCUCUUACUCUAUCUUCACAGGAACAGCAACUAGCUAUCUUUUCUGAGCCUUCUCAUUCUACCAGAUGGCUGAUUGGGCUCUCAAGAAGCAUGGAAGAUAUAAAAAGGAAUUUAAGGAUUAUCCAAAGAAUCGAACUGCGAUCGUCCCGUUCGUCCUCUAAUUGUGGGAUUCUGA